AUGGCUCAAUUAGCUUAUUCCGAUUCGAUGUCUGAAGGCUCGCAGCAUGGCCAGGGGGUACAAAUUGUGCCAUUUAAGACCUGUAUGGCAUCUUUGAAGGUUUUACUGUUACAUGGGAAUUUAGAUAUAUGGGUGAAAGAGGCUAAGAACCUUCCAAAUAUGGAUAUGUUUCAUAAGAAACUAGGUGAUGUGUUUGGAUUUGGAAAGUUGAACAGCAAAAUUGAGGGAAGCAUGCCUAGUAAGAUAACAAGUGACCCCUAUGUCACCAUUUCGGUAUCCAAUGCUGUAAUUGCUAGAACUUUUGUGAUUAACAAUAGUGAGAACCCUGUCUGGAUUCAGCAUUUCUAUGUUCCUGUUGCUCAUUAUGCUUCAGAAGUGCACUUCGUGGUUAAAGACGAUGAUGUUGUGGGCUCUCAAAUUAUAGGGGCUGUAGGCAUCCCAGUGGAGGAAAUAAGCUCUGGCAAAAAAAUUGAGGGUACCUUCCCAGUUCUUAAUGCAAGUGGGAAGCCUUGUAAGCCUGGAGCUGUCUUGACUAUGUCGAUUCAAUACACACCAAUGGAGCAAGUGUCUCUUUAUCAUGGUGGUGUUGGAUCAGGUUCUGAAUGUCAGGGCGUCCCUGGUACAUAUUUUCCCCUUAGGAGAGGUGGAAAAGUUACACUUUACCAAGAUGCUCAUGUCGAUGAUGGCUGCUUUCCGAAGUUGAAGCUUGACCAUAAUAUGCUAUAUGAGCAUGGACAUUGCUGGCGUGAUAUUUAUGAGGCAAUCAUUCAGGCGCGUCGUUUGAUUUAUAUAACAGGAUGGUCGGUCUACCACCUGGUUAGACUCGUUCGGGAUGAGGGCGGUCCAAAAGAUAGCACUUUGGGGGAGCUUCUCAAGGCCAAGUCACAGGAAGGUGUGAGGGUGCUGCUCCUUGUAUGGGAUGAUCCUACUUCUAGGAGCAUUUUGGGUUAUAAAACUUGUUAUGAGAAGGGUAUUAGUUAG